UGACACCCCGGAAUUCCGCGAACUUGUUUCUCGGAGAAGGACACGCUGAAAUUCAGCAAGUUGGAACCGCAGGCGCGCAUGUGUGACUUACAGUAACGUGUGGCUCGUAAGGCAUGUUGUAUGUCAGUAUUUUUUAUCGCAGCCUUCUGAAACUUUGCACUUUUUAUUUAUUUUGCCCGUUCGAUUUUGAAUAAUUUGUCUGUUUUGUUAAAUAUAGGCGUAGUGCCGAUACUUUAAAGCUGCAGGAGAAAACACGUGUGGGGGGCACGAGCCACGCACAUGUUUUCAGAAUCACCUAGCUAGCGGAACAUUUCGGUGUUGAUUCCUGACAAACCUUUCUUAUUAAAGGACGUAACAUUUUGUUUUUGGAAGGAAUUCAAGUUUUUCGGAUACAGGAACGAUGUCGGACGUUGACUUUGCGGCAGAGUGCUUGGUUUCGAUCUCAAAUGGGGUGUCCACGCAGCGGUGUCCUGACGUGAUGUCCACGCAGGACGUGUCCUUGGAGAACCAGGAGAAGGGCACCGUGCUCAUGGUUGCGAUGAUUCUGCUGGACUUGAACAAGUGCAACCCGGCCACGGCACAGCUGUGUGGAAGCGGAGUCGGUGCGGGAUACCCGGGGGGGAGCGCUCGGGACUCGGGGGGGGUCGGGAAAGGAGCGGCUCCGAAGCAGACGAUCCGCAGGAGGUCCGAGGCGCAGAGUCCGCCGGGGAAAACACACCGCUGUCCGUUUGCGGGCUGUGACAAGAGCUACGGCAAGUCGUCCCACCUGAAGGCUCACCUCAGAGUGCACACCGGUGAAAGACCUUUCCAGUGCACCUGGCCUGACUGCACAAAGAAGUUCUCCCGCUCAGAUGAGCUGACUCGACACUACCGCACCCACACGGGGGAGAAGCGCUUCUCCUGCCCGCUCUGUGACAAGUGCUUUAUGAGGAGUGACCACCUGACCAAGCACGCCCGCCGUCACGCCAGCUUCCAUCCCAGCAUGAUUGAGAGAACAUCGGGCUGGAGGAGGAAGCGCUCCUCGGCAUCCAUGUCCUCCUCCGAUUCAGGGGACCAGAGCUCCACGGCUGUGUGAUGCCAGGGUGACUUUGCGGAAAGACGCGUCAGGAGGCAGAGCGCCAGGAUCGGCCCAGCAGACCACUCCGAGAGCUCCACACAGCGCUGUCCCAUCAUGCUCAGCACACUGCAUCAGCUUGGGUCCUGCCACAAUAAAUGCAUUCACACUGGAUGUAGCUCUUCAUUACAAUGCUCGAUGCCCUCUUGCACCGCACAUAUAUUUUUUAUCUUGUCUUGUCUGAGCACAAAACAGCCUGGAACACCUGAGUAGGCGUUGUGUUUAGACCCAGAGACCAUCGGUGAAGCGCCUGCUUGGGAUCGGCUAAGAAAGUGAUUUCCGUAGAGCUUGAAGAUGUAGCGCUGUUGAAAGCUGACGUGUAAAUAAAAAGCAAAGAAACACAGUAUGAUGGGAGGUAAUAUUUAGGGGUUUAACAUAAUUUAAAAGUUCAGGGCCUUUUUGGAUCUUGCACUUUAUCGUAAUUUUAUCAUUUCUGUUACUUCGGUUGCAUGUUUAUGGACGUUCUUGCUCGAUAUCACUUAAAACGUUGCAAGAAUAAAAAUGGUUAUGCCAACAGGAAACCAAAUAUAAAAGAACUAAGAACUUUGCUUACUACUUGAUUUUGUUGUAACCACUCAACACCUUUUUUUUUUAUAUUGAUGCGUGGAAGAUAUAUUGAAUUUCACUGUUCAGA